AUGGAAGCGAUCGGCACCAUCUCGACCGAGCGCGCUACGCGUAACUUCAACGCAGACAUCGACACCUGCGAAGUGGACGCUGCGUCGCAGCAGCAUCGCCCAUCCGCGCAAGUCCAGCGGUCGGCCAAUUCCGCCGCUCCAGACGAGCAACUGAAGAAGGAUCCGAAGCUCACGGACGGCGGCACUAGCUAG